AUGGUCGCCUCCUUCAUCGGGGCCGGGUUUUGGUCCCUGGUGACGGACCGCCUCGGCGAGUACAAGCGCGUCUUGGUGGGGACGUCCCUGGCAGGUACCAUCCUCAUCUUCCUCUACCUGUUGCCGGGUGUGCAGGUCAGCUUCUGGUGGCUGGCUCUGGUUUGCGUUAGCUCCUCCUUCUUCCUCUCCACCGGAGGGGUCAUCAUCGAUGCCAUGUGCCUUUCAGUCUUGAAGGAGCAGGAGAGUGAAGAGCAGUAUGGCGACCAGCGCCUUUGGUGUGCCGUCGGAUGGGGCGGCAUGAGCCUCGUAGCAGGGCAGCUGAUCGACCUCCUCGGCAUAGGCUUCAUGUUCUGGGGCUUCGCCUCCAUUCAAGCCUGCUACCUGGCGGUCUGCUUGUGCUAUAUGCCCAUGCAGAAGCAGAAGCAGGAGAGCAGUGAGGAGCAGGUGACUCUCAAGCAGUUCUUGAACUUUGACGUGAUGUGGUUCUUCGCAAACCUCAUCAUCUAUGGCCUGGCUAUGUCAGUCGUUGAAUCCUUCCUUCUGGUCUUUCUGAAUGAGGACUUUGACAACGCGCCCAAGCUGCUGCUCGGAGCGAGCACGACCGUCAUGUGCAUCUUCGAGGUGCCGGUAUUCAAAUACAUUGAUCAUGUCUGGGCACGGCGGAAAGAAAGGCUCACGUCGGUGCUCAUGGCCUGCAAGCUUGUUCUGGCUUUCCGGUGCUUCUGCUACACCUUGCUUCCAGCUUCCAACCCAUGGCUAGUACUUUUGAUUGAGCCUCUGCAUGGCUUUACUUUCGCUGCAAUGUGGUCAGCGACCGUGGAGUACGGCCAGAGAAUCGCUCCCCCGGGCUGCGUGGCCCGCAUGCAAGCUCUGGUCAAUGGCAUCUACUACCAGGUUGCUAUGGGCAUCGGCACUGCCAUGUGGGGUCCUUUGGCGAUGGCGCCGCCCAAGGGGCUGGGAUUUCAAAACUGCUUUCGACUGGAUGCUGCAGGGAUUAUCAUCUGGGGCAUCAUCUGGCAGGCCGGCAUCCUCAUCAGACGCCGAAGCCAAGCGGCCAGGAGUGCUGGCGUCCCUGCCGAGCAGCCGCUUACAGAGGUCUCUUGA